AAGAGGCCGCUAACAAUCACCUCCGAAUUUUCAGGAUUCGUUUCGAACGAAUGUAUAAUAGUAUUCGAUAACUUAUUAAAAUUACUUUCCAUUAAAUGUAAUAUAAUACACACAUAUAUAUAUAUAUAUAUAUCGUUCAAAAUGUUUACACUAUUAAAAAGUAGUGUUACAUUUAAAAGUGUCAAAUACAAAGGCGUAUCCAUAAAACAGUACAAUCGAAUGGUAUCGAAAUACAAUACGAAGAGAAUAUUUUCGGGAAUUCAGCCAACUGGGAACGUACAUUUAGGGAAUUACCUUGGCGCUAUAAAAAAAUGGGUGCAACUCCAAGAUAGCGGGGAAAAUGUUAUUUGGAGCAUUGCAGAUAUGCAUUCUAUUACUCUACCGCACAAUCCCAAAGAAUUAUAUGAUAAUGUACUAAAAAUGACGGCCACGUUAUUAGCAUGUGGCAUAGAUCCGAAAAGAAGCAUAUUGUUUCAACAAUCCACUGUACCUAUGCACGCAGAAUUAUGCUGGGUUCUUGGAUGUGUAACAACAUUACCACGAUUGGCGCACUUGCCUCAAUUUAAGGAGAAAAGUCAAACGGUAAAAGAUGUCCCGCUAAGUUUAUACAUCUACCCUGUUCUACAAGCAGCCGAUAUAUUAUUAUACAGAGCAACCCAUGUUCCUGUUGGAAAAGAUCAAGUUCAACAUAUUCAGUUGGCGCAAGACUUGGCUGUUACGUUCAACAAAAAGUUUGGAGAUACGUUUCCUGUACCGCAUUCUUUGGUUAAUGAUGACGCGAGUCAACGGAUAAAGUCUCUGCGCGAUCCUCUGAAGAAAAUGUCGAAAUCGACUAUGGAUCGAAAAAGUAAAAUAGACAUACUGGAUGAGCCAAAUAAUUUGUUGGAAAAGAUAAAAAAGGCCGUGACAGAUUGUACGUCGGAAGUAACUUACGAACCUGAAAACCGUCCUGGUGUAACAAAUCUAAUUACUAUUCAUUCCAUGCUUUCUGGGAAAAUGCCGAACCAGAUAUGCCUAGAAGCGAAAGGAUUAGACACUGGAAAGUACAAGUUGGUGCUAGCAGAUUUUAUUAUAGAGACACUGUCUCCGAUUCGACAAGAAUUUUCAAAAUUAAUCAACGAGCCAACAUACUUGGAACAAGUUUUAAAAGAUGGUACGGAAAAAGCAAUGGAAAUUGCAACGGAUUGUUGGUAUCAAGUUCGCGAGAAACUUGGGUUCGUAAAUCACGCGUCAUGCGUAAAUAACAAACAAGUAAUAGAAAAUCUAUUUAACAAAAAGUAUAAUUAAUUCCUGUAAAAGUUUAAGCAUAUACCCCGUGUCGUUCUGAUGGAAUAAAUAUAAAUUCUUCUCUAAACGCUCUUCUUUUCUUGGUUAACAUUUUUCGUUUUUAU